CAUGAAUGCUCCUGGUACGUCCAAACUUGCGGCUAGAAGGCAAAUUUUUUUUUUUUUUUCAUAUGGAGCAAAGGCAUUAUCGUGUCCAUCUUAUUGUAGCUUUUUGGUUGUUUGAUAUAUGGAGCGGUUCUGCAUAUGGGAUGUAAAGAUGUAUGGAUGGGGUCCAUGGUUCAACAAUCCCAGCCGUUGUUAUUAUGGAUCCAAUCUUGCGGAUGACCUUGUCAGUGCUCCCAUAUACUUUUCUUGAGUUGGCAGUUUCAUGGAUCCUCUGAUUCAUGCAUUCCCAGUUCUUAGGUCGAUACUUGAAGGAUUGCUUCGAUUCAUGGAGUCCAUUACUUUCUUGGAUGUUUGCUACGCCCACGAGCACCUGUACAUGUGUGAGGCCAUUCAACUCACCAAAUGGACCCCACAUGCACUAAAGUAAUGGAUGGUGGUAAAGGAAAACACAACACACCCCAUCUGUGUGGUGGGGCCCCAUUUUCACAUACGUGCCAUCCACACAGGUAGGCGAGCAUAGCUCUUCCUUAGCUGAGAAGCUAUGCAUCUUCACAAGAGCAUACUCCUUUCCUACAAAAGCAAGGAACACUAGGAAUGACAAAAUGUGUUCGCAACCUUUCUUCAUUGUAAGGUUUUGGUCAAAGCCUCGCCACAAGCUUACACUAUUCCUUGCUCAUCCAAACAUCUACAAUUGUACACUUACUUUGUGUAGAGUAAUCAGGACAGUUUAUGUGGUGGGCCACCAUGUAGAUGUGUCAUAUUCCAUUGAGAGAGCAGCUUGAAAUUUGAUAGUCGUCUUAGCAUGCAAAAAGAAAGGUGGAUGCAAUGUCAUGGUUAUAGAGUAGUCGAAUCAUUGAAAAUUUUGUCCUAUAUAGCCCAACCAGGUGGUAGAUGAGGAAAUCAACGGUCAUGAUCAAUACACGUGUUUGCCAUGGUCACAAAAAUAGCAUCUCUCUUUUUCUUACGUAUGAAGAAGCCCACAACACCGUUGAAAUGGGUUUCCUAUAAUGGAAUCUUAUUCUUUGUUGGCCUAUUUUGUAAUACCUUUCUCUUUGAACAUUUUCUGGAGCACUGAUUUAAACCCCCUCCCUGAUUUUAGGGAAAGUGGGGGAAAGGACAGGAUAAUAAAAAUAGCAAAUUUUUAAGGACUUUAGAGAAAUGGGCAUCCGUGGGCUAUUCUGGGCCUUUCUUCUCUAUGCAUGUUGCAUGGGGCCCACUACAGAGGGCCUUGGGUUCAACUGGGGAACGCGUUCUUCACAUCCAUUGCCAGGCGACAUUGUUGUAAGGCUACUGAAGGAUAAUGGAUUCCGAAAGGUGAAGCUCUUCGAAGCAGACCCUUUGGCACUCAAAGCUCUUGGGAAUUCGGGUAUUGAGGUGAUGCUCGGAAUACCGAAUGAGUUUCUAGCAACGCUGGCGAGCGGUGUUGGGGCUGCUGAAGAAUGGGUGAAGCAAAAUGUCUCUACAUACAUUUCCAAGUAUGGUGUUAAUAUAAGGUGUGUAGCGGUUGGGAACGAACCGUUCCUAACGACCUAUAAAGGAUUGUUCUUACAAAGCACCUUUCCCGCCCUCCAAAACAUUCAAGCUGCCCUCAUCAAAGCUGGCCUUGGAAGGCAAGUCCAGGUCACCGUCCCUCUCAAUGCUGACGUCUACCAGACAGAAUCUGGCCUCCCAUCCGGCGGCGACUUCCGCCCUGAAAUCCACACUCUCAUGACCUCCAUCAUCAAAUUCCUCAUCAAUAGCGGCGCCUCGCUUACAAUCAACAUCUACCCCUUCCUCAGCCUCUACGCUGACCCCCACUUCCCGAUAGACUACGCCUUCUUCUCUGGCACGCCGAACCCCAUCGUCGAUGGCCCCAUCUCCUACACCAACGUCUUCGAUGCCAAUUACGACACACUCAUCUGGGCCCUCGAGAAAAAUGGUUUCUCAUCAGUCUCUGUGAUCAUAGGUGAAGUUGGGUGGCCCACUGAUGGCGAUCGCAACGCUAACAUAGAGUACGCUCAGAAGUUCAAUCAAGGGCUCAUCGACCGCGUACUUCAGGGAAAAGGGACGCCAAAACGGCCUAGCCCGCCAGAAAUUUACAUCUUCGGGCUCAUCGACGAGGACAUUAAGAGCGUUGAUCCUGGGAAUUUUGAGCGGCAUUGGGGUGUUUUCUACUACGACGGGUCGAUUAAGUACUCGUUGGAUCUAGGCAGUGGCCGGAAACUAGUUGGAGCGAAGGGUGUUAAAUAUCUGGCCAGAGAGUGGUGUGUUAUGUCGCCGGGAGCAAGCGUCACAGACCCGAAUGUGCUCGGUGGCAUUAAUUUCGCUUGCACGUAUGCCGAUUGCACCAGCCUUGGUUAUGGGUCAUCUUGCAAUGGAUUAGAUGCAAUGGGCAAUGCAUCCUAUGCCUUCAAUGCUUACUACCAGACUCUAAAUCAGCAGAAGGGUAUGUGUUCAUUCUCCAACCUUUCGGUCACUACACGUAUAGACCCGUCGCAGAAGGGUUGCCGGUUCGGGAUCAUGAUCGACAUCGGCAAGCAUGAGAUUGCCCGAAGCCCUCCUUCCACUUCGGACGCGGCGGGCCACCAGAAUCUUAUGAUGGUUGGUUGGUUUGUGUUAAUAUGGAGCAUGGGUGUUGUCCAUCGAAUGUGUAGCUAGCUAUGAACAAUGAGUAUGGAACUGACCACUAACCAUGUAGAAAUGCACCUUAUUAUAGUUUGUAAUUGGUUCUUUC